AUUGUGGUUGUGAUGCUUCGGAGCGAUCUGUGUGUUGUGAUCGGUGCCUCUCUCUUUCGUGUUCUCCUUAUCGCGCGCUUCGUCUCGAUCUGCCUGGAAGCCAAUGCACCAAAGGGGCAAGUCCAUCAACCGACGCUCCCGGACUUUUUCUCGCACCCGCAUCGCCAUCGAAGGCCAUUGAUCCUGGCUCCGGGAGUGUUCGGAAAAUUCUGAUCUGCGGUGGUUGGGAGUUUGGGACGCUGGCUCUGGUUGCCUUGCCGUGACAAGGAGGCGCUCGCAAGAAGAAGAAGAAGAAGAAGAAGAAGUCUUGAGUUGCGCGCUUUUCGUGACUGUUCCACCACUGAGAUUGUUCUUGUCUCUGUCGCAAUCAUGGCGGUCAAUACCGAGCGUUCUCUUCAAUCAACUUACUGGAAGGAGCAUUCUGUGGAGCCUAGCGUUGAGGCAAUGAUGCUUGAUUCGCAGGCCUCCAAACUCGAUAAAGAAGAACGACCCGAGAUUUUGUCGCUGUUGCCGCCAUAUGAAAACAAGGAUGUCAUGGAGCUCGGAGCAGGCAUUGGUCGGUUUACUGGUGAGCUUGCAAAGCAUGCAGGUCAUGUGCUUGCCAUGGAUUUCAUGGAGAAUCUCAUCAAGAAGAACGAGGAUGUGAACGGUCACUACAACAACAUCGAUUUCAAAUGUGCGGAUGUGACCUCUCCAGACCUGAAUAUUGCAGCAGGUUCUGCGGAUCUCGUGUUUUCAAAUUGGCUUCUCAUGUACUUGUCUGACGAAGAGGUUAAAGGCUUAGCAUCACGCGUUAUGGAGUGGCUCAGGCCUGGAGGAUACAUUUUCUUCAGAGAAUCCUGCUUCCACCAGUCAGGAGAUCACAAGCGAAAGAACAAUCCUACUCACUACCGUCAACCCAACGAGUACACGAACAUCUUCCAGCAGGCCUACAUCGAAGAGGAUGGGUCCUAUUUCAGGUUUGAAAUGGUCGGAUGCAAAUGUGUCGGCACAUACGUGCGAAAUAAGAGAAAUCAAAACCAGGUGUGUUGGUUAUGGAGGAAAGUUCAGUCGGAUGGACCUGAGAGCGAGUGUUUCCAGAAGUUUUUGGACACCCAACAGUACACGUCAACUGGAAUCCUGCGUUACGAGCGUAUUUUUGGAGAAGGAUUUGUUAGCACGGGUGGAAUCGAAACCACGAAAGCUUUUGUAAGUAUGCUGGACUUGAAGCCAGGACAGCGUGUCCUUGACGUUGGAUGUGGGAUCGGAGGUGGUGAUUUCUACAUGGCCGAAGAAUAUGAUGCUGAAGUUGUUGGCAUCGACCUGUCCUUAAAUAUGAUUUCGUUUGCUCUUGAACGAUCGAUCGGCAGAAAAUGUGCAGUCGAGUUUGAAGUUGGGGAUUGCACCAAGAUUAAUUACCCUCACGCAUCUUUUGAUGUCAUCUACAGUCGUGAUACCAUUCUACACAUUCAAGAUAAACCUGCGCUUUUUCAACGGUUUUAUAAAUGGUUGAAGCCUGGAGGUCGGGUGCUUAUCAGUGACUACUGUAGAGCUCCACAAACUCCGUCGGCGGAGUUCGCUGCAUACAUUCAGCAGAGGGGUUAUGAUCUCCAUAGCGUUCAGAAGUACGGAGAGAUGCUGGAAGAUGCCGGUUUUGUGGAAGUGGUCGCAGAGGACCGCACGGAUCAGUUCAUUGAAGUGUUACAGAGGGAGCUAGCCACCACUGAAGCAGGUCGUGACCAGUUCAUCAACGAUUUCUCCGAGGAGGAUUAUAACUACAUUGUGAGCGGAUGGAAGAGUAAGCUGAAGCGCUGUUCGAAUGACGAACAGAAGUGGGGACUCUUCAUAGCCUACAAGGCAUUAUGAUCUUGAAAUUAUUUCGGAUAUAGAUAAAACAGCAUUGUUGGAAUAGUUCACACUUGAGAGUCUGUUUUGUCUUCUUAUAAAUAAACAUCGAUACUAUUCACCCACUUA